GUGCUUGGCCUUCAGUUUAAAUCUAGACAGAAUGUUUUCUAUUCCCAGUUAAUUAUAGCUGUCCUCGUACAUGUACACAUCUAUUUCUCUUACUUGGUUGAGUCUGGCCCUCUGUGGAUCCUUCUAGUCUUAAUUCCAGACAACAACUGUGGAUUUCAGUGGAAAACAAAGGGAACAAACAAAACACUUUCAGUCAGUCACAGUGGUUUUCUUCAUCUGUUGUGUUUUACUGAGACUGACCUGGUUGCUGCCUCAGGUGAGCGCAAGGUAUCUCUGUGCCGGCUGUUUGGCUGUAGCCCUUCAGGCAAGGAGACAGUGGUGAGGCCUUUUUUCUAUAAGAUAUACAAUUUUAACAUUCAACAUGUUACAAGAGGUGUUUUCCAAUAUUCUGAAGUUUCAUGACUAUCUGCUGAAGAGAACUGAUGCCAGAGUAAGGGACUACCUACUGAUGCAAAACCCCAUCCAGAUGACAGUCAUACUUCUGGGCUACAUCUUGUUCUCUGUGUAUGCUGGGCCUCGCCUCAUGGCUAACCGCAAGCCCUUCCAUCUCAAAUCAGCCAUGAUUGGCUAUAACUUCUCCAUGGUGGCCCUGAACGCCUACAUAGUCUAUGAGUUCCUGAUGUCUGGCUGGGGAACCACGUAUACAUGGAGAUGUGACCCGUGUGAUCUAUCCAGCAGCCCACAGGCUCUCAGGAUGGUUCGAGUUUCGUGGUUGUUUUAUUUUUCAAAGUUUAUUGAGCUCCUUGACACAGUAUUCUUUGUUCUGAGAAAGAAACGCAGCCAGAUUACAUUUCUACAUAUCUUCCAUCACUCCUUCAUGCCUUGGACCUGGUGGUGGGGUGUGACACUCACUCCUGCAGCGGGAAUGGGUUCCUUCCAUGCCCUGGUGAAUGCCAUGGUCCAUGUCAUCAUGUACUUCUACUACGGUCUGUCUGCUGCAGGACCACGUUUCCAGAAGUAUCUUUGGUGGAAGAAAUACAUGACUGCUAUCCAGCUGACCCAGUUUGUACUUGUUUCGCUCCACAUCACCCAGUACUACUUCAUGGAGAAGUGUGACUACCAAGUACCUCUCUUCAUCCAUCUCAUCUGGAUCUAUGGCACAUUCUUCUUUAUCCUGUUCUCCAACUUCUGGGUGCAAGCAUAUGUGAGGGGCAAACGGCUGCCUAUAACGGCAGAAGGCGAAGCCAAGCAGAACGGCUUCACCAACGGUGGUGUCAUGCACAUUCCCAAUGGCAAGCAGGAGGAGAACAGGACCACGCACCACACAAAUGGCAACGUCCUGAUAAGCAAAGUAAAAGAAGUCUAGCUAUGUCCACUGAUGGUGGAGAACAAAAAGGACAUUAUGAAGGAGCCUCCAUGAAGCAAGAAUCUAAAAUGCUCUAUAUAUAUAUAUUUUUUUUUUUUCUAAUGCAGUUUUUGUAUACAUAUGGCGUAAUGGAAAUGGAAGUUGGUCUUUACUUGACACAUUAUUUGGGGUGAUUUGGGAGUGAACCUGUAAAGACACUGCAUGAAGUAGUGACAGUAAUGAAGCCCAAACAAAUUUGAAAUGGCCAACAGCUGUUCAUCCAUUGACACUUCUGGUUUGGUGUGGCUAUUCACACAUCAAAUUUCUACAUAAUGGACAGCGGCACCCUUGAAAAUGCAGUUCACUGUUUUGUUUUUUUGAACCAAUGUUUUCUACUGUUUUAUUUAACUUGAAAUAAAGCCUGUUUUACCAGAA